UGUGGUACUAAAUAUGUUAUUGGUUAUUCUUGUUUUUAAAUUUUAAUUUUGUAUAUUUUGUGCUAACAUUUUGUAUGUUUUAUACAUACUGAGACUUAUUGAUGCAGAUGGUUCUAAAAUUCAUUUAAAAUGGUAGUUUGUAAAUUUUUCCAACGAGGCAACUGCUACUAUGGCAAUUCUUGCAGAUUCGAACAUACUUACGAUUCAAAAUAUUCCUAUCGGGCACCACAGUUGGAGACAACAAAAAAUAGUCAAACUGCUGUUAAUAGCAGCAAAUCUUCUGGACAAAGCAGUUCAGCAAUAUUACUAUUUCGGAAUGCAGUACAAAAUACAUCUGCUUUUGAUAACAUAUCUAGCCAUGCAUUUUCAUCAAGUCAACCUGCUAGGCAAUCUGUGUUUGACAGAUUAGGCCCACAACCAAGUAGCGUGUUUAGCAAUCAAAAUCAGCAGAACAACCAAGCCAGAUCAAUUUUUGCCCAAGCUAACCAAAGUGUGUUUGGUCAACCACAACCAGUAACUAAUGUAUUCCCAACACAUAACCAAUCUUCAAAUGUGUUUCAAACUAAUAACCAUACUCAAAACAUAUUCCAAACUCAUAACCAACCCUCUAAUGUAUUCCAAACACAUAACCAAUCUGCCAAUGUAUUCCAAAUGCAAAACCAAUCACAAAAUGCUUACCACUCACAGAAUCAAUCUGCAAAUGCUAAAUCAGUGUUUGCCCAAGCAACGCAAAGUAUAUUUGGCCAACAACAAACUCCUAAUACGGAUGUUUUCCAACAAAAAAAUUCUACAUCAAGUAUCGCAAGUGGAGACAUUUUUCAAAUAUCCAAUAAGCCUACUUCAAAUGUGUUUGGUAUAAAUAAUAUUUCUGAACAAAUUCAAAUAAAUGAUGAUGAAAUUUAUAGUAAAAUUGGAGAACUGUCCCAAAGUGAUAUAGAUGCAUUCGAAAGUGACAACUUUAGACUCGGUUUUAUACCAGAGUUACCACCGCCGAAGCUUCUCUGUGCUAUGUAAUCUUUAUCCUUUAAAACUUCCAAUAGAAAGAAUUCUUAAAAAGUUUUACACACAACAACUAAAUGGAUUAUAAACUGGAAGUAAACUAAUUGUGCAUUGGAAUUAUAACAGUGGUGAACAUUUUUAUGACCUGCAUCUGCUGUAUUCAGUGUGCGACUUCAUUUGGGAAUUUCCUGAAACUGUUUUUUAAUAUUAAAACUAUUGUAUAAAUAAAAAAAUUAUGUUUUAUAUUGAAAAUGUUGUUUUAUUUAAGUCUAUAUAUGCAGCAAAAAAUUGGCACGC